CUUCUUUCACUUCUAUUCCUUACUCCAAUUCUCUCGCUUAAAUCCUUAGCUUGACAUAUUGCUAGCUUCUCCCCCUCAACUUCUUUUCAGCUUCUUCUCCCUGACUUCUCUUUCUCGCCUUUUCCCUCUUCAACUUGUCGUCUUUGACGUCUCGUCUCCAAUUUCUCGUCUUCAGUUCUGAAAGAGAGAGAGAUCCUCUUCGGCUUUUCCUCUCAGACCUCGCGCGUUCAAUCAGCCUUCUUGAACUGAAUCCCCUCAAUACUCCCAUUCCUCAUAAUGGAUUCAUCAAACUCGCCCUCGAGAAGCUCCAGAUACUCGGAGUUCAGCUCCUCAACACCCAUUACCUUCGUCACACCGGACUCUUUGCAUAGUCAUCCCCAGCGGGUGGAUCACCCAGGCAGCCAUCUCAAAACCCUAGGUUCUAGCUUGGAUGACUGGGUGCCGACUAUCGAGGGAUUUAUCAAUGAAGAUCGCCGUGUGGGCGGCCCGGUCCUCUGCCCUCUUCCUGUCGUCAGUGUAGCAAUACAUCAUACAGACCCUGAGUUUGUCAAACUUAGUCAAGCAGAACCUCAGCUCAGUGACCACAUCACCUCCAUUGUUCAGCGCCACGGGAUCGACUUUAUUGACAUUGACAUCACAAGACGUUUGUCAAAGCUGAAUCCCCAGACGAGCCCAGUACCGACAGUGGUAAUUUUUGCAAACCAACACCAGAUCAAUCACAGCUGGCUCGAUGCAGCAAAGGAGAUACACCGUUUCCUACUCUCUAAGAACUUUGCCAACUUUCAGGUCGAGAUUGUAGACCCGGUGAUUCUCAAGCCUUGGAAAUGUUUUCCUGUCCUUGAUACUGACCAGGUUUUCUCCCAUUGGGAUAACCUCCGUGAUCGGAUACUCAACUCAUUUAACCUUCAUGAAUGGAUUUCUCUUGAAUGUUAUCGGUUUGGGAAGGAGGAUGUCUCCUCUAAAAACCCGCCCUGUGUCGUUGUUAGCGUGAAACCAGAUUCCUCGACUAAUUGGACCCCAACACGCGAUCGCAUCAUCGCCAUGCUCGACGAGUAUGCUCUUUCAUCAUCUGUGGGUGUCUAUAUCAUCCCAGACGUCAUUUUCAAAUCAAUCGAGGCCUACAUCCCCACCAAGGAGCUUCUAUCUGAUUCCGCAUUCCAGCUGGAAGCGCAAGCAGGUACGAGUAUCGGCCUCCAUCUUCCAGGGAGCCCCAGCGGAACGCUGGGCGGUUUUAUCGAAUUACAGUGGUCUGGCAGUCCGGAAUGGAAGCAGUUUGGACUAACCUGUUUCCAUUGUGUUUAUCCCAAGGGAUUCUCAGCACCGUUCUCCCCACAGGAUAACUUUGUCAUUGACCAGUGGUACGACCGCUCUGUUCGACCCAAUGAUCCCAAUGCCUCAAGGCUUAUGCGUCUCUGCCAGCCAAGCCUAGGAGACAUGGAGGGCCAGGUCGCAUACCUGGCUGACGGGAUCCGCAACCAGACAUCUGACAAGGAAUCCCAGGCGAUCGAGCAGGCCCUGGAACAAGGAGAAUUCGUUCUGCCCUUCGAGCAGAAGGCUCUAGACAUCAGGAAGCUGGUGGUUGAGAAGCUGGAGGCGAGAAAGAUGAAGGUAGAGACUUUUCUCUCCUCAACAGACAAAGAUCUCGGGCCUGUUUUUGCUGGUUCAGGGUAUCAGGUAUUCCGAGAGAGCGUCACCAUGAAGUCGGUGGAGAAGACCAUCCUCGAUUGGGCCUUGGUGGAAAUCGUGCAGGCGCGGAAAUCGCAGAAUAACACGUUUUCCUUUGCACCCGAUUUACUGGUUUCUGACGUCCACACCGGACGACCUGCCGAAUUGGGAACCCUGUGCAAGUCUGGACGAACGACUAAACACACGAAGGGCCAAUGCGCAAAACUUCGCCAGGCUAAAAUCGCACGGUAUAGGAUCAAUGGCAUGGAGGAGAUUAAAGCGACGCUGGAGCACAGCGUCACCGGCGAUUUUUCAGAGCCUGGAGACUCUGGCUCGAUUGUCCUUGAUGGCGCGGGCAGAGUGGUUGGACUUCUCUUCGGCGGCUGUCAGAACAAGACAGCGUCUUACUUCACUCACGUCCGUGACCUAGUCAAGGAUAUUAGAGAAGUUACAGGGGCUUCAGGCGUGCGAAUUAUGGGCUGCGACGUGAGAUUCUAGACUUUGUGAUUCGUUUACGAACCCUAUUAUCAGCGGACGAGAGCUUCCGACCAGAAAUCUUGAAUUCCCUUGAACUCCUUCAACUCGCGUAGAAGAUAUACUGUAAAUACUCUUUAGACUACUUCUCUGACACUGCCGGG